AUGUCAUAUACACUUUAUGGAUUUGCAAUGUCCUCUUGUACUUAGCGUAUAAGAAGCAUUCUCAAUUAUAAGAAAAUUCCAUACACUUAAGUUUCUGUCAAUUUCCUCAAAAAAGAAUAAAUGACAGAAGAAUAUAAAAAAAUACACCCUCGUCAAAUUAUUCCUGCCUUAGUUACUCCAGAAGGACAUUCAUUAAUUGAAAGUUUAGCUAUAGCAGAAUAUUUGGAAGAAGUUCAUCCUGAAAAACCAAUCUUACCAUAAAAUAGGAUUCAAAGAGCUUAAGUCAGGUAUUUAUUUUUAAUAGGCUGUUUACAGGGCUAUUGCUGAAUAUAUCAAUUCAUCUAUCCAAACAUUUCAGCAUUUAGGAAUACAAUAAUAUAUUAAUACUCACUCUGAAAAGAAAUUGGAAUGGAAGGAUUAAUGGACUCACUGGAAUAUGUUAGGAAUUUCCAAUCUAGAAAAAAGCAUUUCAAGAACAAGAGGCAGAUUUAGUGUCGGAGAUUAAUUAACAUUAGCAGAUAUUAUGAUCUAUUGUCAAGUUGAUUCUGCUAUGACUAGAUUCAAUUUAGAUUUUGGAUAAUAUCAUAACAUAAUGAAUAUUUACUAUAAUGUUAAUAAUAUCAAAGAAAUCGAAUAAUCAAGAGCAAUCUAUUAAAAAGAUUACCCUAAAUGAUUAUAAUUGAAUUGUCAAAAAAUAAU